AUGAAAAAUAGACACUCAUCAUUAGCAGUAUUGGAACUCAUACACAGGUAUGGUCCAUGUGCUGACGAGCCGCAGCUUACGAAGCCAAGAAAACCGAAGAGACAUGAUGUUGCUCGCACUCCUCUCAGCCCUGUGGAAUUUCAAUUUUACAGGGACUACAUCAUCACCAUGGGCUUCGGCACGCCAGAACAAAAGAUGUCCCUCAUUUUGCUCCCCAGCAGCGAUGUUACAUGGAUUCAAUGCAAACCGUACCAUAAGGGGAACUGCCAUAGACAGAAAGACCCAUUAUUCAACCCCUCCAAAUCCACUUCCUACUCCCCCAUCCCCUGCAAGUCCACUCAGUGCUCUAUCCUGGCUCCCGACACCCCUUCUGGCCCUACCUGCUCCUCAACUGGCAACUGCGCUUACAAACUCAAGUAUACCGAUGGCAGCGAAACUUGUGGCAACUUUAGCAAGGACACACUUACAAUUGCACCAAACAUUACGUCCAUGCUUUCAUGUUUGGGUGUAGCCAUUAUGCUAAUGGAACUUUUGGACUUCAAGAUGGAUUAUUGGCCCUCGGCAGAUCCAACUCGUCCAUAG